GAAAACAGGCUCGAUCUUGUUUAAUUAUAUCUUUUUAUUUUUUAUUUUUUUAAAAAGAGUUUGUUAGGUCUCUGCCCCAACGACAGUUACUCAGUUGUUGUUCCAAUGGCUUCAUUGGAUGCUGAAAUGGAGAAAAUGAAGUUCCGUCAAAACUAUCCUAAUCACUGGCAUACCGAUCUCCUCCGUGCUCCGCAGUCCGAUCCUCUUUUUUGCUGUUUUUCGCUUUGGUGUGGUCCGUGUGCAUCGUACAUUCUCAGAAAACGAGCUCUAUACAAUGAUAUGUCAAGGUAUACAUGUUGUGGAGGCUAUAUGCCUUGUAGUGGCAGAUGUGGAGAAAGUCAUUGCCCCGAGUUGUGUCUUUGUACAGAGGUUUUUCUUUGCUUUGCUAAUUCAGUUGCCUCAACACGUUUUAUGUUGCAAGACGAGUUCAAUCUUCAGACAACAAAAUGCGAUAAUUGCAUAAUUGGAUUCAUGUUUUGCCUCCAGCAGGUAGCAUGUAUAUUUAGCUGCAUUGCUUGUAUUACAGGAAAUGACGAACUUCAAGAGGCUUCUCGGGUUCUGAAUUGUUGCUCGGACAUGGUUUAUUGCACGGUUUGCAGCUGUAUGCAGACACAACACAAGGUUGAAAUGGACAAAAGAGAUGGAAAGUUUGGUGCAAGGCCAACAGCAGCACCACCUGUUCAACAGAUGUCUCGUUUGGAUCAGCCUCUUCCUCCAACCAUUGCAUAUGCACCUCAAUCAUACCCACCCCCACCCCCACCCCAGCAACCCUAUGGAUACCCAUCACCACAACAACAACCCCCCAUGUACCCUCCACCCCCAUUGCAACAUCAUGGCUAUCCUCCACCCAAUUAUGCUCCAAGUGGUGUUGGAUACCCUCCACCUGGUUAUCCGCGCUGAAAUUUGUAAUUAAGGCAUAAUACAUAAACAUGUUAUUUAACUUAGUCCACUUGGUUAUACGCAGUGAAUUUUUUUCUUAACUUCUUUUUUUCUUUUUGUAAAAUUCGUUGAU